AUGUUUAAUAUUUUUAUAGUCUAUUUCUGUAUUAAUAUUUAAUAAUUAACAGAUUUAUAAAUAUUCAUAAACUUUCCAUAGAAACGCCUUUAAUUAAUUAAUAAUAAAGAAAACAUUGCUUAUAAUUCCUCUAAACUUCUUCAAUCUAAAUAAAACAAUUAUCAACCUAACAAUCUUACUACUUACUUCUAAAUUAGAACUCCUACUUAAGAUAGAAAAUUAUCUAAAUUUGAAGAUAACAACAUCUUUAAUCAUUAAUAACCUUAUUUAAACACUAAAGAAAAUUUAUAAUAAUCUAAUAAUAAAUUACAUAAUAAUACUAAUCAGCAAUUAAUAUCUUAAAAAAAUAGAAGAUAGCUAAAUUUUCUAUUGUUUAUCAACAUAAUCUUUUUUAAAUAUCUACUUGUGAUGAUAAAAUCUAUUCUAUAAAACCAAGCAUUAGUAAAAGUAGCUAUGUUAUUGUUAAAAUGCGAACUUUUCAAAAGUUUAAUAAAGUAGCCAUCAAAAUGUAUGAUAAGUCAUUAAUCAAAGGUGAAAGAUUUAAUAAUCUUAUCUAAGAAAUUAAUUCUCUCAAAUGAUCAAAUCACUAAACUUUAUCAUUUCGAACAUUACAUUUCUUAUAUCAAUCUAGUUAUAGAUUAUUAUGAUACUGAUUCUUUGCAUCAAUUGUUCAAAUCAACUUGUAUAAAAACAUUAUCCAAAAAAUUUGCAUUUAAGAUAAUCCAUUAAUGA